AUGCUUACUACCACCACCGUCAUCACCAGACCCAUCACCGAAGGUCAACUUUACCGCAUUUUGGAAUUAUUGCAUCCUACCGAUGAGUUGAGCAGAGAUGUCAGGUUUUACAAAGAUGGCGACAAAGUUGUUGUUGUUCAUUUCACCCACAUUUUACAAGUUACUACUGGAUCAGGGGCAAACACCGAAACAAAAACCAUUGUUUAUGAAAGAAAAUUGGUCAUCAACGAUUUGUGUGAUAUUUCUCAUCAGGCAGGAAUUGAGGAGGACAGGGAAAACAUUGAUCGGAUCAAGCAGUUGUAUCAGACAUUCAGGUUGAAGAAUGAACAACGGAAAGCUGCAAAAGCUGCAGCAGAAAGAUUGGCUUCAAUUGGGAAUAAGAAGGAAUCAAAUGUUGGAAGUCCCAAUUUGAAUGAGAAUUGUGGUCACAUUGGUCAUGAAGGUAAUGAAAAUGAUGACAAUGAAUUGGAAACUUCACCAUCGAGAUACAUCACAAAUGCAAUUGAAUCAAAUAACAAUGCCAUCGAUAAAACCAAGUUGUCAGUACUGAUUAAAGAACAAGACAAUUCAAGACCGGUUAGUUUGAAUAACCACGAAACUGAGACAAAUGGUGAUAGCCAAACCAGUGAUUCAAAUGUUGAUUCUGAAAUUGAAACUCCACCAACUACUGAAUUACCACCAACUCAACAACAACAACAACAACAACAACAACCGAAAUUCAGCUUGAGAUCAUUACGUGGUUAUUAUGAAGGCGCUAAUUCACCCAUGCACACCAAUCCAACCAGCGAGUUUAUUGAUUUGACAAACAACCAAGAAAAGAAGGAAUUUGUCCAACAACGUUAUGGCACCAACUACAUGGGAUUUGAUGAGCCUGAAUAUAUCCCCAAACUGAAUAACCUGAAAAGCCGCAAACGUGAUGUGUUGAAGAAACCAUUCAAAUCAAUCAAAACAGCCUUCAAGAAGUUGAUGAAAAAGGAAGAAACUUCUGUUAUUUGUGAACCACCGAAAUUAGCUCCAAGAUCAAGCCUUAUGACCAAGGAAGAAAAACUUGAACAGAUAGAACGAUUGGUUGACCAUUUAAGAAACAAAUAUACUCAUGAUGAAAUAAUGAAAAGAGUUCACUUGAGACUGGGAAAAAAUAAGCAGUCACCGAGUCAAUAA